AUGCUCUCCGACUUUGGUUCGAGUUACAACCCUGGUAAAACAAGGCGGACUAACGCACAUACGCUCCCCCAUCUUGUUCCCCCCGAAAUUUUUUUUCUCGAUAAACAAAACGACAAAUAUAAGCUUUCAUUCCCCAGCGAAAUUUGGACUCUUGGAUGUACCAUAUUUGAACUCAUUGGCAGUGGGGGCCCUUUUAGUAUCCUGGGUGGAGGCAUACUCCAGGACCAGGUCAGUGUCCUGGGGAAGUUUCCUGAUCCAUGGUGGUCACAAUGGGGGUCCAGAGCCGAAUUCUUUAACGAGGAUGCAACGAUUGAUGUGAUGACUGGUGCUCCUUUCCAAGAUAGCCUGGAAGAUCGGUACGAUUGGUUCGUUAAAGCGGCCCGGCGGCGAUCAGAUAUGGAAGAGCAGGGGGAAGACGAGAAGAAAGCUUUCCUGCAUAUGAUUCGGAUGAUGCUUCAAUAUUUACCAGGCGACCGGGCUAACAUUGAGGAUAUUGUUGAGUCUGAGUGGAUGCAAAAAUGGGCUAUUCCUGGAAGGAAGAACUCAACUGCCCCGCGAGCUUUUGCGAUGGGGGAUAAAAUGGCGUCCAAGAAGAAAAAGACAGGUUCUUCUGCUAAGGACUCAGCUAAUGUUAUAUCUGAUCCUCGAUUCGCCAACAUUCAAUCCGACCCCAGGUACCGGCUGCCGAGCAAGAAGCAUACUCAUGUCAAACUCGAUAAGCGCUUCUCGCAUAUGCUGCGCGACUCUGAAUUUUCCAAAAAUGCGCCUGUUGACCGAUACGGAAGAAAGCUAGCUCGGGACGAUACUCGAAAACAGUUGGAGAAAUUUUACAGAUUUGAGGAUGACGAUGAGGAGAAGGAUUCAGAGGGAGAAAAGGACAAAGAUGUUGAAGAGGGUGAUCUUAGCGUCGAUGACGACGAGGAAGUUCAGAAAGAGCUACGGAGAGUGGAAAGGGCCGGUUAUGACCCUGCUCGUGAUGGCGGGUUUGACUCUUCUUCCUCCGAGGAGAGCUCAAGCGACGAGGAGGAUGAGGAGGAGGAAGACGCGGAUAAUUUGGGCGUGGAACUCCCAGGCCCAGGCCAGCAGGAUGCGGAUAUUCCUACUGGAGACUAUACGGAGAGAAUAGCUGUGGUGAAUCUGGAUUGGGAUAACAUCAAAGCGCAGGAUCUAAUGGCCGUAUUUACGAGCUUUCUUCCCGCGGGGGGAGCGAUCCGCAAAGUCUCAAUAUACCCCAGUGAAUUUGGACGGGAAAGGAUGGAGAUGGAAGAGAUGGAUGGACCUCCCAAAGAGAUAUUUUCUCAGAACCCGAAAGGAGAGGAUGAUGAUUCUUUAUCGGAAGAAGAAGACGAGGAAGAGGAAGAGGAAAAGAUUAAAAAAUCCCUGCUUGUCGAAGGUAACGGGGACGAUUUCGAUGCCGGAAAACUACGACAAUAUCAGUUGGAGAGGUUACGAUACUACUAUGCCAUUCUAACAUGUUCGUCGAAAGAGGCGGCCAAACACAUAUAUGAUGCUGUAGAUGGAGCGGAGUAUAUGAGUAGCGCCAACUUUUUUGAUCUUAGAUUUGUUCCUGACUCGACUGAUUUUACCGACGAUGUUCCCCGGGAUGAGUGCACGAAAUUGCCUGAUGGCUACCAGCCAAAUGACUUUGUCACCGAUGCGUUGCAGCACAGCAAAGUCAAGCUCACCUGGGACGCGGAUGACCGAUCAAGAAAAGAUGCACAAGACAGAGCUUUCAAGGGGAGUCGAAAAGAGAUCGAUGAGAAUGACCUGAAGGCUUACCUGGGCAGCGAUAGCUCGGACGAUGAGGAAGAAGAGAUCGAAGUUGUGGAAAUGGCUGGAACCGAGGCUAAGCCAAAGGUUAGCAAAAAGGAGGCAGAACGGGCUAGAGUUCGAGCUUUACUAGGGCUUAGCGACAAAACACCCCUGGCAGGUAAAAAGGAAGCAAAGCCGGUUGGGGAGAUGGAGGUGACCUUUUCGGCCGGCCUCUCAGCCGCACCCGUUAGAGAGUCGGUAUUUGAAAAUGAACCCGAAAAGGAGGAAACUACGCGAGAGAAAUAUGUUCGAAAGGAACGAGAGAGAAAGCAACGGCGCAAGGCCAAGCUAAAGGCUAGCAGAUCCGGCGAAGAAGUGCCAGCUGAAGACGAAAAUGACAAUCCUGAACAGCAGGCCGAGGAGGCAGAGGAGGAUCUCGGCUUUGAUGACCCCUUCUUUACCGCACCUGAUCUUGACGCUGCAAACGCUGCUAAACAACGCAAAGAAGAGAAGAGAAAACUACACGAACAACGAAAAGCCGAGGAAGAAGCAUCUGCAUCCAAGCGGGCCGAACUUGAGCUUCUCAUGAUGGAUGAUGACAAGGCGGCGCCAAUCACACACUUCGAUAUGAAUGAGAUUGAGAGAGCCGAAAAACGUGCUCGCAAAGCCGGAAAGCAUAGAAAGGGGAAGAAGGACGUAACUGAGAACGCCCCUGCUGAUCAGUUUGAGAUGAAUGUCAAGGACCCUAGAUUCCAGAGCCUGUUUGAGAGCCAUGAAUAUGCCAUUGACCCUACGAACCCCCGAUUUAAACAAACGAAGGCGAUGAAUACUUUGCUUGAAGAAGGACGAAAACGAAGACGGCACGCCGAAGAUUCGGAGCCCAGUGGUGUAAACCCCAGCCACAAGCAGAAGAAGAAUAAAAAGAAUAAGUCGAGUUCUGUUGUGGCAGAUGAUGGUGAGGAUAUCAGCAAGCUCGUUGAAAAGGUGAAAUCAAAGACCAAGAAGAAGUGA